GCAGUCUAUUAUAUAUGUCUAUGAGUCAAAGGCAGGGCCAGAGCGUUUCGAACGUUUGAGUUAGGACGAGUUUUGUUGAGGAAGAUGGGUAUACCACGACAUGCUCAGUUCAUUGCCCGAACUGUAAUGGUCCAAAAUAAUGACGUAGAAAAAGCUUGUAGAUUAUUGAAUAACAUAUUGGGCAGAGAACAAAUUUUUGAACAAUUCAGACGCACUAGAUACUAUGAGAAACCCACACAGACAAGACGUAGGGUAAAUUAUGAAAAAUGUAAGGCUAUUUAUGACGAGGAUAUGAAUAGAAAAAUUAAAUUCAUUUUAAGAACAAACAGAGAAGAUCCAUAUCCUGGAUGCUCUUAAAUUAGACCUUAUUAAGUUUUUGUUGAUAUUUGCUUCAUGUCAAAUUGUUAUCUGCAAUUCCAUAUGUAUGCAAAUAAUAUUGUAAUGAAUUUAUAGUUUUACAGAUAAUUCUGUACAAAAGAUGGGUAAAAUAAAGUAUGAUCUAUGAUAUAUA